UGGUGUAGGAGAUUUGAACCCCCAAACCGCACCGUAUCUUGUUUUGGAAAGUCUUUGAAUCUUACAAGUUAAAACGGCUCCACUCCAACAAGGGACUGGAUUCGGUGGGAGUUUCGGUGACUAUUCGGUGCAGAAAUCCAACUAGCUUCGAGAUCAAGGAAUUGUUGGUUUACUUGAAUUAAUCAGAAACCAAACUUCAAACCGAAAUUUUGUGGAAAGAGAAAUGUCCAGGUUUCGAGGGAUAUUGCAAGCUUCCUUAAAUGCAACCAAGAAAGCACUUACAUGGAACGUUGAAGACCUGGUGCCUCCAACUGAGAGAUUUAUUUUCAAUUUCAAUUCGAAGGAUGAGCUCAAGAAGUGGCAUCUAUAUUCUGACUCUGAAUACGGAGGGUUGUCCUCGGCAUCUUUAGAGAUCCCAGAUAAUGAAAAUGGACCCACUGGAAUUUUCUCGGGUAACCUUUCGUUGGAUUUCAUUGAGGGUGCAAAACUGAAGAUAAACAGGAGUGGUUUUUGUGGAAUGCGGUCCAAAAAGUUUGACGGCUUCAUUGAUUUGGACCCAUACGAUACCAUAGCACUGAAAGUUAAAGGAGAUGGAAGGUGCUACAUAUCUACGAUCUAUACAGAAAAUUGGGUAAAUUCGCCUGGGCAAGAAGAAGAUAAUUCGUGGCAGGCUUUUGUCUUUGUACCAAAAGACAACUGGUACAUUGCAAAGAUUCCUCUUGCUCGGUAUCUACCAACAUGGAGAGGAAAUGUUAUAGAUGCAGAAAUGGAAAUGAAUCCUUCUCGCGUCGUUGGGAUGUCUCUAUCGGUCAAUGCAGAAGGUGGUCUCCCAGGUGCUAGAACCGGAGCGGGUGAUUUCAAGCUCGAAAUUGAUUGGAUCAAGGCUUUACGAACAUAAUGAGCUUGUAAAAUAUUUGGAGUAGGAAAUUGAGUUGUAUCCAAGUGUUGUUUCUAUGGUAACUAAGUAUUGAAAGUCUUUUUGUUUCACUGCUCCAAUCGAUUAUUCCAUCUUUUCUUGCAUCAUGAACAUAGAAUGUACAAGAAAUUUUCCUCUUUUCUUCUAGAAAGUAAAGAUCAAAACGUGCAGCAUUGGUCUA